UAGACACGUGGUGUUUGUAGUAGUGUAUAAAAUGUAAACAAAUCUUGAAAAUUCAUUUUUACUUAAUUAAGAAGAAAAAAGAAAAUUAAAAUGUCUCAGACUGAUUUCACCUCUCAAGAUAAUGCGGAUUAUGCUUUGGUUUGCAGCGUAGAUAAUGCUCGAAAUAUUUCUCAAUUAUUAAAAGCAAUUCACUUCGGAGAAACAGCAACUCUCUGUGCUAGUAAAAAUGGCUUAAAAGUUACAGUAGAAGAAUCAAAAUGUGUUCAGGCUAAUGCUUAUAUACAAGCAGUUCUGUUUCAUGAAUAUAAUGUUCGACAAGAAAAUGUCACAUUUAAAAUUAAUCUCAACGUCCUGUUGGAAUGUUUGAAUAUAUUUGGAAAUAGUAAUACUCCUGGUAUCACAACAGCUCUGAAGAUGUGUUACGGUGGUUAUGGAUCUUCGCUCAUUCUAGCGUGAG